AUGACUCGAAAAGAGGUAAUAAUCGAACACGAUGGGUUCGAAGAGGAAAAACAAGAGGAGCUGACGAGAUACGAAAGAGUCGUCGGAUGGGUCAUGUACCACUUCCGAUGGGUGUUUGUUUGCCCGUUCCUUCUGCCACUCUCAUUCAUCUUCGAACAUGUCUAUGCCGUCCGCAACUGGAUUGUUCAUACGGUAAACUCUGCGCCAGGGGCCCAUCUUCGAAAAGUUCAAGUCAUUUGCGAUGAGGUUUGAUCACACAAACAUGCACUGCAAAUCAUCUGGAACGGUUUAGGUAAAAGAAUGGAACGAAAAUGGAAAAAAGUCGAAAAUGGUGAAUGCACGACCCGGAUGGCAGUCAAUGAGCUUCCGUUUCCCAACAUAUAAGGAUAAUGCAACGAAGAUAAGCACCGACAAGCUAUUUGAUAUUUUGGAUGUAAGUCGAACUUUCCGUUUUUUUUUUCAAAGAAAUUCAAAAUUCAGCUUGACGAGGAGAAGAUGACUGUGAAAGUUCAACCAGGAGUGACGAUGGGUCAACUGUCCAACUACCUGAUCCCACGCGGAUACACUCUCCCAGUCUUGCCAGAACUCGACGAUCUGACUAUCGGAGGACUUAUCAACGGAUGUGGAGUCGAAUCCGGAUCGUUCAAAUACGGCAUGUUUCAGCACAUUUGUGUAUCGUACGAAAUUGUCGAUGCCGAUGGAAAUUUCCGUUCCCUCAUCCCGGAUUCUGUACGUUUCGUGUUGUCAUUCUGCGUGAAACCUUAGAGAAGGGCUUCUGGGAUUUGUCGGAUUCAGUUUUAGAAAUAUAGUCUUAGAAUUAACAUGUUUUGUUUGAUUAGAAGAGUGUGGGCAACACAUUAAAUGUUUUCAGAUUAGACUAACUGCAAUUGUCCGGCAAAUCCCAGAAGACUUUCUUGAGUUGAGCGAAAUUGCAGGCAGCCAAAACGAAGGAAGCUAAACAGGACACCUCUUGGUUCUAUGCCAUUCCCUGGAGUCACGGAACCAUUUGCUUCUUGGUUUCGGCGACAAUCAAGAUCAUUCCUUGCAAGCCUUACGUCAAGCUCACCUACAUCAAGACCGCAAAGCUAGAGGAAAUCUGUGAAAAGCUUACAGAAUGCAGUGAUCGAUUCUCGGAGACUGUGGACUUUGUGGAAGCUCUCCUCUUCGAUAAGAACAAGGGAUGCGUCAUGCUUGGAGAGUCAGUUUAUCAUUAUUAGAGUUGGAAUGAACUCUUUUCGUUCCAGGUUUUCUGACGGGCCCGAUACGGAUGACGAGAUAAUCAACUCUAUCGGCCGGUUCUACAAAAAAUGGUUCUACACGCACGUCGAAGAUCUCAUUGACCAGCGCGAUGAGUCCGUGGAGUACAUUCCACUCCGUCACUACUAUCACCGCCAUUCCCAGAGUAUUUUCUGGGAACUCCGAGACAUUGUACCCUUUGGCAACAAUUGUGUUUUCCGUUACCUGUUCGGCUGGCUGUGCCCGCCCAAGAUAUCGUUCCUCAAGGCAACUACCCCAGAUGUGCUCAGAAAGCUUUACGAUCGAACACAUGUGAUUCAGGACAUGCUCGUGCCGAUAGAAACACUUGAGAAAACGGUUAAUCUGUUCCAUGAAACAGUUGAGGUCAGUUUAAAGUAGGAAGCUUUCAAAACUUGCUUGAUUUCAGAUUUAUCCCUUGUGGCUCUGCCCGUUCUACAUGAAAGCGCAACCCGGAUUGAUGAAACUCAGAAAUGCUGCUCAUAAAACGUACAUUGAUGUUGGCGCCUACGGAGUGACUGCUAAAGAAAACUACCAUCCUUCGAAAACCACAAGACAGUUGGAAGAGUUUGUGAGAUCAGUCAACGGGUUCGUAACUCUCAAAAAAAUAAUGAAAAAACACGCGCUACAAUUUCAGAUUCCAAAUGACAUAUGCCGACAUUUACAUGACGAAAGCCGAGUACGGUCAGAUGUUCGACAGAACGCUCUACGACUACAUCCGUCAAACUUGGGAGUUGAAGAACGUUUUUCCCGAUGUGUACGACAAAAUUAGCAGAAAGAAUCGCCGUUAA